CCCUUAAUUUAAUCAUUGUUUAUUAUAUAAACCCACAUCACAUUUCCCCAAAUUUGCAGCUUCCGAAGUUGUUUUUGUAACUGGGAGGCAGCCAAGCCAAGCAAGCAAGACAUCUUCCUCUAAUCCUCCUCCAAAGGAAGAGUCUUGCACACAGAUGCAAUAAUACCCCAACAACAAACAAACCAUCCAAAUCCAAUCCCCCUCAUUAUUGUUCAACAAUGCUUCUUCCUACCACCUGCAUUCUCUUAAUUUGUUUCUCUCUAUCCCUUCUCUCUAAAGCUUCUUCUUCCUCCUUGAACCUCACCCUCCCUCACCAGCACCCAGACCCUGAUGCUGUUGCUCAUGAAGUUCAAAGGAGAGUCAAUGCGUCUGUUUCCAGGCGCCAAAUGCUGUCCAUUGAUGUCAAGGACCAAAGCCAGUGCCUCAGCGGUAACCCAAUCGAUGACUGCUGGCGCUGCGAGGACUGGAGCAACAACCGCCAAAAGCUCGCCGAUUGCGGCAUUGGGUUCGGCAUGGAAGCCUUGGGGGGCAAAGGGGGCCUGAUCUACAUAGUCACCGACUCCUCCGAUUCCAACCCGGCGAACCCAACUCCGGGCACGCUCCGCCACGCCGUCAUCCAAACCGAGCCCCUCUGGAUCAUCUUCUCCGCCGACAUGACCAUCAAGCUCAAAUACGAGCUCAUUGUCAACAGCUUCAAAACCAUCGACGGCCGCGGCGUCAACGUCCACGUCACCGGCGGUGGAUGCAUAACCCUCCAGUACGUCUCCAACAUCAUCAUCCACAACAUCCACGUGCACCACUGCAAGCCCGCCGGCAACACCAACAUCGCCUCCAGCCCCACCCACGUUGGCUGGCGCGGCAAAUCGGACGGCGACGGCAUCUCCCUCUUCGGCGCUCGCAAAAUCUGGAUCGACCACUGCUCCCUCUCGUUCUGCGCCGACGGACUGAUCGACGCCAUCAUGGGGUCCACCGGAAUCACGAUUUCCAACAACUACUUCGCCCACCACGACGAGGUGAUGCUAUUGGGCCACGACGACAAGUACCUGCCGGACAGCGGGAUGCAGGUGACGAUUGCGUUUAACCACUUCGGUGUGGCGCUGGUGCAGCGUAUGCCGCGGUGCAGACGGGGGUACAUCCACGUGGUGAACAACGACUUCACGCGGUGGGAGAUGUAUGCCAUCGGCGGUAGCGCUAACCCCACCAUCAACAGCCAGGGGAACCGCUACACUGCUCCUCAGGACGAGAACGCCAAGGAGGUGACAAAGCGCGUGGACACGAACGAGGGCGACUGGUCUGACUGGAAUUGGAGGACGGAGGGGGACAUCAUGGUAAAUGGCGCGUUUUUCGUGCCGUCCGGCGCAGGAAUGAGCACUCAGUACGCCAAGGCCUCAAGCAUCGAGCCCAAGUCCGUUGCUCUCAUCGAACGAAUCACAGCCAACGCCGGUGUUUUCGGUGACCCAAGGGAAAGCAGUCGCGUAACAAGCCCUGAUGACGGGACCAUCACCGACGGCGGCAGCACCACCAGUGGCAGUGGAGGAUCGAACGGCAAGGGCAAUGACGAUGACUAUUUCGGAAUGAUAUUUGGGAACGGUGCUGGACCAAGCUCUUCAUCAUCUUCAAGCACAAUAUUCUUGUGUCUCUUAAUUAUUUUUAUUUUGUACGUUACCACUAAUCAUGGUGGCACUCUAUUAUCUUUACCCUUAUUAUUAACAUUAUUAUAAAAUUCAAACAAAACAAAUUUGGGACAAAAAUUUCCCAAAUUGUUUGAUUGCUUC